GAGCCGGUGCUGAAGCGAAGUUCGUAACUUUUUCUCGAUGAGCGAAAACAAAACGAGUUUAGUUUUUGAUCAGGUCGCGUGUAUGUGUUCUUACGGCAGGAGAAUUGUUAACAUUUCGUAUUUGUUGUGAUUCACUGGAGGUAUCAUUUCGACGAGUGAGGGACUUCUUUCAACUUGUGGAAACUGUUUCAAAACUGCAAUGAAAUGCGGAACAUGCUAAUCAACCGGUAACUCCCAUGAUGCCCAAUGGGUCAGUCGGUGGUCGAAACUCAAGAUGACCACCCUCUCGAGGGAAUGAAUGGCAGAGCCCAUAGGGUGGUGUCCAGCAAUCAUAGCAGCGAGCCCGUUCCGUUAGGGUUCCACUAUUUGAGAAGAUUGUGCAGAGAGAGGGGAAUCUUGUUCGAAGAUCCCGAGUUUAAUGUAUUUUCGGCGAAGAUUCCAACAACAAAGCACCGAUCCCAAUCAUCCAUAACAUGGAUGAGACCUUACGAGCUAUGCGCUCGUCCAAAGUUUAUUUCCGAAAGCACGUCUCGCUUCGAUAUCGAACAAGGAGAAUUAGGAGACUACAGCCUCGUCGCCGCCGUUUCCUGCUUAACAAUGACCCCGCGCUUCCUGGAGCGAGUCGUACCACCAGACCAAAGCUUCCAACAGGCUUAUUGUGGCAUCUUCAGAUUUCGGUUCUGGAAAUUCGGAGACUGGGUGGAAAUCGUGGUGGAUGACAGACUGCCGACUGCCAAAGGAAGACCCCUGUUUCUCAGAUCAACUGACCCCACUGAGUUUUGGCCCGCACUACUUGAGAAAGCUUAUGCCAAAUUCUAUUGUGGUUAUGCGAAUCUCUUGGGAGGGCGAACAUCACAAACGCUGCAAGACAUGACAGGUGGUGUUGGGCAGAAUUUUCGAAUUUCGGAGCACGAUCCACAUGUCAUGUUCCAGACGGUCAACAGUUCCAUCUCCAGGUCCACUUUAUUAGCUGCCAGCAUUCGAACAGAGCAGCGCUCGCCGGUGCGGCUAAGGAAUGGAUUAGUUACGCAACACGCUUACAGUGUGACUGGCCUGGCCAGGAUUGCCGUUGGCUCUCAAGUCGCCUAUUGUUACAAUGCGUCGCAUUUGCAGGUUCGAACCCGGACUGGAGAAGUUCCACUGAUUCGACUUCGCAAUCCUUGGGGAAAGGGUGAAUGGAAUGGACCGUGGAGUGAUCGUUCGUGGGAAUGGGACAGUUUGCCGGAAAGAGACCAAGAAUUGUUGAGCGUCAGAAUUAGAAAUGAUGGAGAAUUCUGGAUGUCAUUCGAGGACUUCCUUCGCCACUUCACAUUCCUGGAUCUUCUCCACGUGGGACCGGACGACUGGAUGCUGGAACCGGCCCUCCACAGCAAGAGGCCUUGGAGGGCAGUCCUGGCUCGCCGCCGGUGGCGAGUUGGUUUCAACGCCGGAGGUGGGCCCCAGUGCAAAGAAACAACAGCAAUGAAUCCACAGUUUCGAGUUCACAUAGCUAAAAAUGGUGCCAAAAAAUGUCACGUGGUCGUAUCCAUUUUGCAGCACUAUACCUUAGGACCCCAAAAUGCAGAACAAACUAAAAGAUCUCCAUUGCUUCCCUUAGGAUUCACCGUCUACGAGGUUCCUCCAAAUGUCUCGCGUAUCAACACGAAUUUUGUCAUGACGCACCAGGCACUCGAUGUAGUCCUUCACUCGCCGAUCAGGGAGGCCGUCAUUUUCUUCACCCUGCCUCCCGGUGACUUCGUCAUCAUGCCGUUCACCGUUCAGCCAAAUUGCGAAACCAAGUUUUUACUCAGAAUAUUCACGGACGAAGUCAGCAACAUUUGGGAAGUGAAUGAUGAAAACGUCAUCUGUCGGGAGCUCACGUUCACCUGCAAUACAGAUGUGAUGACUCUCCAAAAUGAUUUCCCUAUAUUGAAUAAGAUGAUGCAUAAGAUACCAACCGAAAUUGAUGCUCUCAUGCUCCAAAAAAUUCUGCGAACAAGUUGGCGCUCUCUGAAUCUUUUGUGCGAGAAACCUAGCCUUGAGCUGUGUCGAAAUCUCAUUAUGCUAAGAGAUCCCAUGAUUACUGGCAAAAUUAACAGAAAUGAACUACCUGGAUUGAUAUACACUCUUCAAUACUGGCGGACGGCAUUUGCAAAACAGGACUCAAGUAAUCGUGGCAAAACGAGUAGCUUCAAUUUUAGAAAUCUUCUUUGGGACGCAGGUGUCACUGUCAGCAAUAAGGUUCUGGAGUGCGCCGUUCUUCGCUUUACAAAAAACAGUGUGCUGACUUCAGAAGCGUAUCUACUGGCUCUAGUCAAACUAUAUUUGGCUCAUGAAAGAUUUACUACUGUUGAAAAGAAAAUGAAAGAAAAUGGAAUGACACUUGAAGAAAUGAUUCUCCUCACUAUUUAUUCAUAAGAUGACGCGUUCCCUGAUUUGAAAAAUCUAGAGACAUAUCCCAACAGGACGGUGACGAUGUUUUCUUGUCUCUUACGAAACAAAGAGAUAUGAAAAUCCUCGGAAAAAAAGAAAAUGGUUUGGGGAAGUAGUACUUGAUUUUCUAAGAGAAAAUCGCAAGUACAACACCAUUUGUUUUGUCAGAAGAGUGUUUUAUUUACACGUGAACUGUAUUUUUAUGUUUUUCUACUUCUAGUCAAUGUGAUUGUUUCGUAUAAUAAUGGAAAAUGUAAUUUAAAGUGUAUGAGAGUUAGAUAUUUACGUAUAAAGAGAAAUUAGAGCAAUAAGGGAGAUGAUAAAUUAACAUUACUUAAUGAGUAUUGUUGCUACAUACAUUUUCUUUUAAUCUAGUUAAAUAUUUUUCAUCUCAAAUUCUGUAUGUGAUUUUUAUGGUAGAUUCCAAAUUUUUUAAAAAGAAGCCCGUGCUGCUU